GUCAUAACUAUUGUAUAUUUGUUUUGACAUAUAGUAAACCUGUUUUUAUUUAUAUUUUUUAACAUUUUAAUUGAAUUAUAUUAUACUUUAGUAUUUACUAUUUUUAAUGGAAACAGACAAAGAAAAAAUGUAUCCCGUCAAUUUAGAUAACGUUUUAAUUAAACAAGAAGUAGUUGAUGAAUUUUCGGAAGGCCAAACGAACUGCCAAACCGAAGUUCAGCCUUUACUUUUAAAAAUAACAAACAUUAAAUCAGAAGUUGAAGGCAUCGAUGUAUAUAUUGAUCAAAGAAAUUAUACCAAUGUAGCUAGAGCUGAAGAUAUGUAUGUACAUCCGAAAGAUCUUACACAAAUCAAAGAAGAAAUUGAUAUUAAACCAAAAGUAGAACUUUUAACCCAAGAAUUUAAUGUAUCACAUCUUAAAUAUGAAGAAAAUAUUUUGAAUUACUUGGAUCAACCAUGCAGCAGUAAAAAAACACGAAUAAAACGUUUUAAAGAAUACAAAAAAACGAACAAAAAAGUUUCUAAAAUAAAGAAGAAAUAUCCUUGUUUGGUAUGCAGAAAAUAUUUUGGUUCAUCUAAAACUACAAAUCGUCACCUCACCCUUCACUUUAAGAUAGGACUUGUAUCCUGCUCGUUCUGCGGAAAAUACUUUAUGAGCAAAAUCGAAUUCUUACAACAUUAUUUUGUACAUAUAAUAAAUUUUAAGAAAUUCCACCGCAGGAAAUCAACUGAAGAACAUGUGAAUGGUCUAAAAGAACCAAAAGGAAAUUUGUUCAAAUGUGCCUUGUGUCCUAGUACGUUUAAAGGAAAAUACAGUUUGAAAUAUCACAUACUGUUCAAACAUCUUGGUAUUAAACCUUACAAAUGUGCAUUCUGCCCAAAACGUUUUGGACAUAGGUCUUAUUUGAAGGGCCACGUCAUUAUGCAUACCGGUGAAAAACCAUACCAUUGUUAUCUUUGUUCAAGAUCUUUCGCUAAGAAUCAAUAUUUAAAAUACCAUUUGAAGACCCAUGCGAAAGAGAAAAAAUUCGAAUGCGAAUUUUGUUUGAAACGAUUUUCGCAAAAAGCAAGUUUGAUAGACCACCGAAGAAUCCAUACUGGUGAAAAACCGUACCUUUGCGACGUUUGUUCGAAAGCUUUUUCCCGAAAACACGAACUACGACGACACAGUCUCGUCCAUACAGGCAUACAACCUUACAAAUGCGACAUUUGUCUCAGGGCUUUCAAAAAACGAGAUAAUCUGAAAUUACACAUGCUCAAUCAUACAGGAGAAAAACCUUUCAAAUGCGAAACUUGUCAUAAAGAAUUCAAAGCGAAACAUAACUUGAAAAUUCACAUUAGAGUCCACACCGGGGAAAGACCGUUCGAAUGCAAAUUUUGUUCUAAAUGUUUCAAAGUUAAACCGACCUUAAAUCAACAUAUAAAAUCGCAUCACGAGACUGCGAAGCCGUUCAAAUGCGAAAUUUGCUUUAAAGAUUUCACACGACGCGGAAGUUUGACUUCACACAACCGAACACACACUAAAGAAAAGAGAUACAAGUGCGAAUUGUGUAAUACCGGGUAUGCCGCGAAAAUUACUUUAAGAAAACACAACAAUCUCGUACACCCCUCUUUAACUAUGUCCGAAUAUCCUUUCGAUCAUUUUAUUACAGAAAAUUUAACUUUUAAAUGAAUUUAUUCAAUAAUAUAUAGGGGAACUGAAGGUAAAAUGGUAUAUUUAAGGAAAAAAACUCAUGGUAAUAUCUUUAUUUUAGGAACUUUUUAUGGAAUAUACUUAUUAGUAAUCA